AUGAAGGCCGUCCGCCUAGUCAACUACCACCAACCGCUCGAACUCCAUGACGCUCCAGAACCCAAGAUCACCAGUCCACUGGAUGUGAUUGUCAAGAUCGGCGCCGCCGGCGUCUGCCGCACCGACCUCCACGUCCUCGAAGGCCAGUGGGCGGCCAAAUCGAACGUCAAAUUGCCCUACACGAUCGGCCACGAGAACGCCGGCUGGGUGCACGCGGUAGGCGACGCCGUGACAGGGCUGAAAGUGGGCGACAAAGUCAUCCUCCACCCGCUGGUGACGUGCGGACUGUGCCGCGCCUGUCGCUCGGGAGACGACGUGCACUGCGAGGCGAGUUCCUUCCCGGGAAUCGACACGGACGGCGGAUAUGCCGAAUAUCUGAAGACUGGAGCCCGUAGCGUCAUCAAGCUGGACGAGACGCUCGAGCCCGUGGCCGUGGCGGCGCUGGCGGACGCGGGGCUCACUGCGUACCAUGCGUGCGCCAAGGCCGCGAGGGCGCUCAGGCCGGGCAAUUUCGUCGUGAUGAUCGGCGCGGGCGGACUGGGACACAUCGGCGUGCAGGUCAUGAAGGCGAUCAGUGCCGCGACAGUGAUUGUGGUGGAUCGGAAUGAAGGAGCGUUGCGGCUGGCGAGGGAGCUGGGUGCCGAUCACGUGGUGUUGGCUCGUGAUGGAGGUGGCGAUGGUGGGUCAGGCGACGUGGUUGUGGACGAAGUGGUGAGCUUGACGGCAGGCAAGGGGGCAGAGGCGGUGAUUGAUUUCGUGGCCGAGGACGGUUCGACCGCCAGGGGCGUCAAGUUGCUCCGAAGGGCUGGGAAUUAUUAUGUUGUUGGGUAUGGCGAGAAUAUCAAUGUGCCGACGAUUGAUAUCAUCUCUACGGAGAUCAACUUCAUCGGAAACUUGGUCGGGUCGUACAAUGAUUUGGCGGAGCUGAUGGUGUUGGCUGCGCAGGGGAAGGUCGUGCUCCACACGUCGGUCUAUAAGUUGGAAGAGUUCCAGAGGGCGAUCGAUGAUCUGUCGGCCGGCAAGGUGCGUGGGCGGGCUAUUCUUGUUCCAUAA